AUGUCCGACGCCCCGAAACGAGACGUGCAUAACCACCUGCUCUUCGAGGUUGCGACCGAAGUAGCUCAUAGAGUUGGCGGUAUUUACUCCGUCCUCAAAUCCAAAGCUCAAGUCACCACCGCCGAAUAUGGCGCCGCAUACACACUACUUGGCCCUCUCAAUCGAGGAUCCGCCGCGACCGAAGUGGAAGAGCUCACCCCCAAAGACCCCGCUCUCUUAGAGACAAUCAAGUCCAUGAACGAGCGGGGAAUCGCUACCCUGUACGGACGAUGGCUGAUCGAUGGUGCUCCACGAGUGUUGCUCUUCGAUACGAAGUCAGCUUAUGGCUAUCUGGAUGAGUGGAAGGGUGAUCUAUGGAGUGUCGCCGGUAUUCCUUCACCACCAGGAGACGACGAGACCAACGAGGCCAUCGUGUUUGGCUAUCUGAUCGCAUGGUUCUUGGGCGAGUAUGUCUUCCACGAAAAACAACGAGCUGUUGUUGUUCAAUUCCACGAAUGGUUGGCCGGUGUCGCCCUCCCCCUCUGCAAGAAACGCCGCAUCGACGUCACCACCAUCUUCACCACCCACGCCACCCUCCUCGGCCGAUACCUCUGCGCCGGCUCUGUCGACUUCUACAACAACCUCCAAUACUUCGACGUCGAUGCCGAAGCCGGGAAACGCGGCAUCUACCACCGCUACUGCAUCGAACGCGCUGCCACCCACGCCGCCGAUGUCUUCACCACCGUCUCGCACAUCACCGCGUUCGAGAGCGAGCACCUGCUGAAGCGGAAGCCCGACGGCGUCCUACCCAACGGGCUCAACGUCAAGAAGUUCUCCGCGACCCACGAAUUCCAAAACCUGCACCAGCAGAACAAGAUGAAGAUCACUGACUUCGUGCGCGGGCAUUUCUACGGCCACAACGACUUCGACCCGGACAAUACGCUGUAUUUCUUUACUGCCGGCCGCUACGAAUAUCGGAAUAAAGGCGUCGAUAUGUUCAUUGAGUCGCUCGCCCGACUUAACCACCGCAUGAAGGCCGCCGGAUCCCCCGUCACUGUGGUCGCGUUCAUCAUCAUGCCGGCGCAAACCCACUCCCUCACCGUCGAAGCCCUGAAAGGCCAAGCGGUCAUCAAAUCGCUCCACGACACCAUCAACGUCGUCACCGACAACAUCGGUAAGAAGCUCUUCGAGCGGUCCCUCCUCUGGCACGAAGGCAUGGACCUCCCCGAAGACAAAGAGCUGGUCUCCCCCGCCGACAAGAUCCUUCUCCGCCGCCGUCUCUUCGCCAUGAAGCGCCACACCCUCCCCCCGAUCGUAACUCACAACAUGGCCAACGACUCCGAAGACCCCAUCCUCAACCAGCUCCGCCGCUGCCAACUCUUCAACCACCCCGCCGACCGCGUCAAGGUCGUCUUCCACCCGGAGUUCCUCUCCUCCGCCUCUCCCGUCCUCCCCCUCGACUACGACGACUUCGUCCGCGGCACCCACCUCGGCGUCUUCUCCUCCUACUACGAACCCUGGGGCUACACCCCGGCCGAAUGCACCGUCAUGGGCGUCCCCUCCAUCACCACCAACCUCUCCGGCUUCGGCUGCUACAUGGAGGAGCUGAUCGAGAACGCCGCCGACUACGGUAUCUACAUCGUCGACCGCCGCAUGAAGGGUGUCGACGACAGCGUCAACCAGCUCACCAACUACAUGUUCGACUUCACCAAGAAAAGCAAGCGCCAGCGUAUCAACCAGCGGAACCGGACCGAGCGGUUGAGCGAUCUGCUGGAUUGGAAGCGGAUGGGCUUGGAGUACGUCAAGGCGCGGCAGCUGGCUUUACGACGAGCAUACCCUGCCUCCUUCGACACCGAUGCCGACGAAGGCGACUUCUUCGGUACCGAUAGCGUUAAAAUUACCCGUCCCCUCUCCGAGCCUGGAUCUCCGCGCGAUCGCUCGGGACUCAUGACCCCCGGCGACUUCGCCUCCUUGCAAGAAGGCCGAGAAGGGCUCAGCACGGAGGAUUACAUCGCAUGGAAAUUGCCGGAAGAAGAAGAUCCGGACGACUAUGUCUACCCGCUUACGCUGAAGAUGAAGCAGCCGCAAGCGCCGGCGGUGAAUGGGGAUGCGGCGACGUCGUAG